UAUCACUUCCGCUGAAAUUUGACCCACAACCUGGAUUGUAUCCACGACAACAAAAGGUAUUUAUUACACCUGCUACCACUCUCUGGGAUGAGCGGACUUUGCCCCUUCAUCAACGAGGAAGCUGGGGGUGGAAGGCAGGCAGGACAGCUGGAGGAAAACCAGCAUCAGCACCCCAAAAGCUUCCAAUGGCAAAGUUUCUAACCCAGGAUCAGAUCAAUGAAUUCAAGGAAUGUUUUUCCCUCUAUGACAAAAGGCAGAAAGGCAGAAUCAAGGCCAGCGAUCUGAUAGUUGUCAUGCGCAGUUUGGGCACCAGCCCAACUCUCGGAGAGGUGGCCAGGCACCUUCAGCUCCACAAAAUCGAUGUCAAUGAAGAACUGGAUUUUUCAACUUUCCUGACCAUCAUGUAUAGGCAAAUGCAGCAGGAAGAUCCAAGGAAUGAAAUCCUUCUGGCCAUGUUAAUGGUAGACCAGCAAAGGACCGGAUUCAUCUCCGUGGCUGAAUUGCAGGCAAAGCUAAUGAACCUUGGAGAAAAGCUAUCCAAGGAAGAGGUGGAUACCCUUUUGAAGAAUGCCAGAGCAGGAAACAACGGACUGGUGAAGUAUGAAGACUUAAUUCAGUCAAUCAUGCUUCCAGUUGAUGAUUAUUGAAGUGCAAAAAGAUACUUGGCUGAAGGCAACCAUACAGGCAACCUUCAUCAAUUCUUCCUGGAACUUGGGCUCUUCCUGCCUUUUUGUCUUAAAAAAUAAAUGCUUUGUUGCAAACAAAAAGAAAUAUGUUAAACGAUUAAUAAAAAGCAGAAAUGUUGGCUC